UUUACAGCGAAAGGCGAGCCCCCUUCUCUCUCUCUCUCUAGUCUCUGCUCUCCAUCUUCUGCAAUCUCUCUCGUAGCCGGCUUCGAAAUCUAGGUUAGUAAUAUCUACAAGUCUGUGAAUAUGGCAGAACCAUCCAAGGUGAAAUCUUCCUCUGCCGAUCAAAAGAAAAAAAGCUCAUUUCUAGAUGAGGAAAUUGGUGACGAUUUCCUCAGCUCCUGGAAAUCCAUGUCAGUAAUGAAAGAUGACGGGAUGGAUUUCAGCCUUGAUACAGGGGCCAAAAGCAAGAAGAAAGUGUUUGACUUUGAUAAGCUGGAUAUGGAUUUCAAUCUAGAUGGUGACUUCGACAAGAUAUCAUCUUUCAAAAUGGACAUGUCAGACCUUGAUUUAUCAAGCCCUCCCAAAAAAGCUGCAAAAACCAAGGAAAGAUCCGAAGAAGAACCCUCCGGAGGAAGCCGUCAAGGGAAACAAGACACAUUUAAAUUCUCCUUUGAUUUCAAUGAUAGGUUGGAUAGUUUUGAUCUCGAUUCAACUUUGUUGAAACGAGAAAAGAGUUCUAAAAAGAACCAAGAUAGCAGCAAAGAGGUUGUCUAUGAUGGAGCUGGGUGUGGAGGCUCUAAAGUCGACCUAGCUGAAGGGAUUAGUACCACAUCAAAGAUUAAUACUUUGUUAGUUGAUCCGGGGAAUACUAAUUCUAUGAAUGAACUUGCCUCAAAGUCUGAGACCUCUGGAAAUUUUGAAUUGCCUUCUGGUCCAAGAUGUCAAGAAAAUAUAAUGUCUAAAAGCAUAGAAGGGUCAAAUCAACAAAGCCACUUACCUGAGGAGACAAUGCCCAUAGAACCAUAUGCUGAACAGACAAUACAUGAUCUGCCUGCUGAACUUGUAGGAGGAGUUGAUUUGAAUGGGGAUGCUAGUGUAGACGGAAAGAAUGGUGGCUGUCCUCAGAUCAAAAAAGUAAAUAUCAUUUCAAGUGGAAAAGAAGCUGUUAAUGACAAAAUGAUGAUAGAAGAUGGUCCUAAUCAUGAAGACUUUCCUUUUAAAAAUUCAUCUCCAUUAGAUAUUGGUAGAUUGGGGAGCAGUUAUGGUGAUAGGAGCAUGUCAGACAGUGAUACUUUGACAGAAAAUGAUGAACCAGCUAAAGGUGAUUUAGAUAAUGGAGAGACUUUGGCUUCAGUGGUCUCCAGGAAGACACCGCACAACAUCAACAGUAUCAAGGGAACCCAAAACUCAAGUUUAAAGCUUCCAUUGUCUACACAGGCCAGUGAAUCUACAGUUGAUAAAGUUACGCUGAGAAAGGAAAGCAGGGCUGGAGAACUCUGCUCAAAGAUUUCUAGGGGAUUGGAAAACACUGGACCUCAGUUGUAUCAACCGCCAUUAAUAGGAGGAAAAUCUCUCUCGUCUGGAAACAACAAAGUUGGUUCCAUGUAUAUAAGCCCUGCACUUGAGAAAGGGGUGGGUGUCAAUGCUAAUGCUGCACAAUAUGGAACCAAAUUGCUCACUACCCCGGUGUUAGUUGAUAAAGAAACAAAAGUCAGACCUGUAAUACCUGGAAGGGAGGGCUCUGAAUCUGACGGUGUACCAAAAGAGACCAAACUAGUUGGGGAUCCACAGCUGUGUUACAAACAAGUAACAGAAAGGGAACCUGUAGUAGGAAGUGAGCAGAGAAAAAAUCCUAAAGAUCUCAGGGUUCAAGUGAGUUCUUCCAGCUCAACUGAUAAGACAAGAAAACAUAGUAGUCAAAGUGUCAAACCUAAGAUCAUGCUCCCAAGCGUGGAGCCAAUAAGGAAAUCAAAGAUCAUUACUGCUGAAGGGAAUAAACAUGGUCCUGACAAACCUGCACAGAAGAAAACCGACAUCUCAACCUGGAAAAUAUCCAAGAAUAUUGGUGGCAAUAAACCUUUUUUGAAUGCUCCACCUCAAAAAGAAGUUAAAACCCAGAGGAGUUCAGAGCAAAACAAGGAUCUGCAUUGCAAUGUGGAAUUGAAAACUAGGCAGAUUGUUGAUGGCAGUGAAAAAAUGCCACAAAACCUUUCCCUGAAACGAAAAGCAUUUGAGGGAUUAAAUCCAGGUUUAGCAUCCUUGAAGCCUCUAAAACGCCUCUCUCUGUCGCCAAGAGAAACCAGAAAUUUCACAGAACCUUCAAAAGGAACUGUUGAACAGGUUUGCAUUCGUGAGAACCAUUUGGAGAUCAAGACUAAGAGCCCAAGCUCUAGAGUUGGUAGAAUGGUGAAUGUGAUGGAACUUGAAUUUACUUCAGCAAUGGAGACUGGUGAAAAUGUUGAAAAGGCUGAAGCAUAUACCAAGGAGCUUGAAGAUAUAUGCAAUAUACUGAAAAAGAAACAUGAGGAAGCCAAAGAAAUGCUUGUAAGAGCUGUUGUGAACAACAAUAAUCUACUGAUGCUUAACCAUCCCAUCUAUGAAGCCAAGAUAUCCUUUAAAAGUUUUUUAGCUGUUAUUGUGUUGUCUUUUUGUCUGCCAUUUUGGUAUAAAAAUAAAGUUGAACAUUCCUUCACAACUGAGAACAUUCAUAAAGUUCAGAAACUUGCUGCUACACUGGCAUACAAGGAACUUCAAGCAUGUUGAAGAGGACCACCAGUGGGUCAGAUAAAGGUACAUAUUAUAUCAUGUUGCCUGCUUUGGUUGAGACAAAGCCGUUCUUCUGAACAAUCCAGCCAACAUGGGCAAAAAUUCAAAUGGGAUGCUUCAUAGGGAUUAGUUAGCAAACUCGCUCUCACAAUUUCUUCUCUUAAAUUGAACUGUUGGAAUCUGCACAAUAUCAUACCGGCUGAAUAUAAUGACAGUGGUUAGUAGCAUCCUUUGUAUUCUAGACUUUCUAGUUGUGCUCUCUGUUCAUGUUUUCCCUUGCUUAUCAGAUUUACUCUGUUGUUACCAGCUAGGAUAUUAUCAGGUUUCACUAGAUUCUGUUAAAUGAAUAAUCCUAAAAUCAGGGCAUUUACUCUUUAAGAGUGCUAAUGUAUAUAUCACUUUCUCUUGUGUG